ACAGCGAUCCCUGGAGGAGCGUCGAGGAUAGAAAUCCUCGAACGCUGACUGAUAAUCGGAUGCGAGAGAGUGAGAGAGAUGAGGAACAGUGGCGACGUAGAGACGACGAGAUAGACCGAGACCGCAGAGAUCACGAUGCGUUCGUACGAGCGAGGAGGCUGGACGACUACCCGCGGAGCCCCCGCUAUGGGACUGACCGGGAGAGGGGCGACUCCCGCRGCCGAUGGGAGAUAGAUCAGGUCCGACGAGACGGAUAUAGGGGAGGYAGAUACGAGAGAUCGGGCCAAGAUGGGCAUAGGGAUGACAGAUACGAGAGGUCGCGCGGACGGUUUGAGCACGGAGGAGAUGCGAGAGGGCAUCGCGACGAGUGGCGCGGAUGGUACAACCGAGGGGACCGACGCGAUGGGUCACGAGGACGAUAUGACUCAGGGGACCGCCGGGACGAUUCGCAAGGGCAGUAUGAGCAAGGAGGGUCUGGAGGAGACCGGCGCAACGACUCGCGCGGUCGGAAUGAGAGAGGGGGAUAUGGUGUCUCAUCAGAACCAUAUCCAAAGUCGCCUGACCCCAACGCGGCCAGGAAAUCGACCCCUAGAGGCGCGGACGACAGGGCAUCUACUCCGAGGAACUCAUGCGUCUACUGUAGAGGAGAAAAUCAUAUCAAGAGGGAUUGUCCGGACCUCAGACGGGCAAUAGAAGAGGGAAUUGUCGUGCUUGACGACCGCAAGUACGUCAAGUGGGCAGAUAAUCUCGGAGAUGUAUCGAUGUUCCCUUCGAUGAAGGAGAAUGUCGAAGCAAGGAGAAUAAAGACAAGUAAAGGAACGGAGCCGGCCAGGAGCCAGAGCAUCAAGAUAACCUUUGAGGGGGAUAUGGCAACCACACCGAUAAGGGUGGCRGCCACCAAGUCGUUGAAAGGGUCUGCAUCAAAGAAAACUGACACGGAUUACGUGAUGGCAGAGAGAGACGGGCAGCGAAUUGAUGGAGAGGAGGUUAUCCUUUCGCCGCGAAAGCGGGGAGUGAAGAAGUUCUUAAUGAAGAGUUCGCUGGAUGAGAUUGACACGGUCGAGCCGCUGAGGAGGGCUCUUCGGCAGCCCAUGCAAUGCUCUAUUCUGGARUACCUGGCRGCAUCGAAGCCGGCUCGCGAUGAGUUACAGAUGAUYACGCGCAAGACUCGCAUACCUCUAUCAGAGGAGGGGCAAGGGGCCCCUAAGGCGGAAACUUCUACAGUAGCAGUGACGGRGGUGACUGCCASAGCGGAUCGCAUGGCAACAGUCCUUCUAGAUGGAAUGGAAGGCGUGCCUCCAGACAAAUUUUAUAUACUUGGUAGUGGGGCAGUGGAGACAAUUAUAAACGAUGGAGCGGUACUUGAYGCUGUGAUCGAUAACGGCAGUGAGGCAGUUAUCAUAGACGAGGACCUGGCAGUACAGGUUGGACUGGGCCUCGAUAGAUCAUACCUAUUCGAGAUAGAGACUGCUGAUGGUAGAAAGCAACAGAUCACAGGGGUUUGUCACAAGAUAGCCAUUGAGGUCCAAGGGGUACGAGUGACCCUGCCUGUCUUUGCAGUCAAGAACUGCAGCUCAGACCUACUCUUGGGACGGACGUGGCUAAGCCACGUGCAUGCGGUGACGAUAGAGCGACCUGACGGGAGCCAGACAUUGUCCAUUAAGAGGUCGGACGGGACGCGAGUAAUGAUUGAGACGGUGGAGCCUCGGGACCCGAGGAACAGAGCAGCUCUCGCUGUGGGUGUGAGACCCGGUGAUCUGGUUAGGUCUUUGCCUAUCUCCAGCCGCACGGUGCGAUUUCGCGAGAAGGAGUAUGGACCACUGCUCACAGAGGAAGAAGGUCGAGUUGUCGAGAUAGAAGAUUUAGGGGGUCGGUUAAUAGUAGACGGCAACUCSUACCCGAAGGGAGAAGAUGAAGAAUUAGGCGGUGUAGUAUCCGUGUCUUUUUUAAGGGCACGGCCCCUUAUGGGGGGCCGCCUAAGCGACACAAGCGGGUAGCUCAGAAGGUUAAGCCAGCAGCAGUGGGCCGCGAGCGAUCUCCUCUAGAAGGGAUAUCGGAAGAAGAGAUCGCGAGAGAGAUCAAAGAAARAAAGAGAAAGGAGCCACAACGCCUGACGCAAGAUAGGAUAGCAGGGAUGGACAUCGGAGAUAAAAAUCUGACCCCGCA